UUUGAUUGGCGGAGGGUGGAGUUUGUAUCUGCUAGUUUAGCGCCACUCGACUGGCAGCGGCUGCGGAGAGUUUGCGGCUCCAGGUGGUCUCACGCGCUGAACAGGUCUGGACAAAUGAGAAGGCACAGAGUUGGGCUCUUCUGGACCAGAGCGAAGUUUUGUAGAGUUCUGUAAAUGUUAGUGGUUAUUGCCAGUCUCUAUAUUCAAUCCCCCAUACUGAGAACCCUCCGCAGGAACUGGAAACCCACAGGCCAGGUUGUGAUGUCUCGGGAGACAGAUGCAGAGAGUCAGCAGUCCCAUGGCAGCACCUCCUCCCAGACUCAUGGCAGUGGUGCCUGUUCACAGUCCCAAGGUGGCUUCUCCACAUCCCAAGGCACCGUCUCUCAGUUGCACCUCCUCUCCUCAUCAUCUCAAGGCACAUCCAGCUCCUCCACCGGCACAGUGCCAACCUCCAGCCAGUCUUCCCACUCCAGCUCUGGGACGCUGAGUUCCUUAGAGACAGUGUCCACUCAGGAACUCUGUUCUAUUCCUGAGGACCAAGAACCUGAGGAGCCUGUCCCUGUCCCUUGGGCUCGGCUAUGGGCUCUUCAGGAUGGAUUCUCCAAUCUUGACUGUGUUAAUGACAGCUACUGGUUUGGGAGGGAUAAAAGCUGUGACUAUUGCUUUGACUCCCCACUGCUGAAAAGAACCGAUAAGUACCGGACAUAUAGCAAGAAACACUUUCGGAUUUUCAGGGAAAUGGGUCCUAAAAACUCUUACAUUGCAUACAUAGAAGAUCAUAGCGGGAAUGGAACCUUUGUGAAUAUGGAGCUUGUAGGAAAAGGAAAACGACGGCCUUUGAGUAACAACUCUGAAAUUGCACUUUCACUUUGUAGAAAUAAAGUUUUUGUAUUUUUUGAUCUGACGGUAGAUGAUCAAUCAGUUUAUCCUAAGGAAUUAAGAGAUGAAUACAUCAUGUCAAAAACACUUGGAAGUGGUGCUUGUGGGGAAGUAAAGCUGGCUUUUGAGAGGAAAACAUGUAAGAAAGUAGCCAUAAAGAUCAUCAGCAAGAGGAAAUUUGCUAUCGGCUCUUCCAGAGAAGCAGACACUGCUCUCAAUGUUGAAAAUGAAAUAGAAAUUUUGAAAAAACUAAAUCAUCCAUGUAUCAUCAAGAUUAAAAACUUUUUUGAUGCGCAAGAUUAUUACAUUGUUUUGGAGUUGAUGGAAGGUGGAGAGCUAUUUGACAGGGUGGUAGGGAACAAACGUCUGAAGGAAGCAACCUGCAAGCUCUAUUUCUAUCAGAUGCUCCUAGCUGUGCAAUACCUUCACGAAAAUGGGAUUAUCCAUCGAGACUUAAAGCCGGAGAACGUUCUUCUGUCAUCUCAAGCAGAGGACUGCCUUAUCAAGAUCACUGAUUUUGGGCAAUCCAAGAUUUUGGGGGAGACCUCCCUCAUGAGAACUUUAUGUGGUACCCCUACUUACUUGGCUCCUGAGGUCCUACUCUCCGUUGGGACUACCGGGUACAACCGUGCUGUGGACUGCUGGAGUUUAGGUGUUAUUCUUUUUAUCUGCCUUAGUGGGUAUCCACCUUUCUCUGAGCAUAAGACUCAAGUGUCACUGAAGGAUCAGAUCACCAGUGGAAAAUACAACUUCAUUCCUGAAGUCUGGGCAGAUGUCUCAGAGAAGGCUCUGGACCUUGUCAAGAAACUGUUGGUUGUGGAUCCAAAGGCACGGUUUACCACAGAAGCAGCCUUGAGUCACCCAUGGCUUCAGGAUGAGGGCAUGAAGAGAAAAUUUCAGGAUCUAUUGGCUCAGGAAAGGAACUUGAUGGCCCUACCGCUGGUUCCAGCCCAGCCUUCUACCAGCCAAAAGCGGCCCCUGGAAGGGGAAGUGGAGGACACUAAGAGCACUAAGCGCCUGGCCGUUUGUGACACUGUGUUGUGAACACUUUGAACAUGGAUGAGGAGGCAUGCCUUUCACACUGCUAUAGCCCCAGUUGGCCUGGAACUCACUAUGUACACUGGGCUGGCCUUGAUCUCUGAGAGAUCUACUUGUCUCUGCCUCCCUGACACCUGGCUAAAAUUACAUUUUGUAUCUGACAUUUUCCCCUUAGAAAUUUGCAGGGCUGAGGAUAGGGCAAUUCUUCUAAAAUCUCAGGACUUACAUUGAAAAAAUAUGAGGAUUUCAGAUGCCGGCUGACUACUGGUAUUAUGGGUCUGUGCCAUCAUGCCCGGCUGCUGUUGUCUUUUCCUCCUUGAAGUCUCUUUUUUUAAAAAAAAUAGCCAGUUUACAUUUUAAUUAUGAGAAUAGUUGAUUUUGUAUAAUAACAUACGUAAUUAAAACCUUGGACUCUGGGCUUACACUUGAUGAACAGCACUGUAGAUGAAUAACUUUCUUUUUCUUUAAAAAAAGAAGGGAGGGCAGACAGAUGGCUCAGUGGUUACAAGUGUUCUUGCAGAAGACUGGAGUUUAGGUUCCCAGCACCCAUACAGAACUGUUCAUGGGGCUGGAGAGAUGGCUCAGCAGUUAGAACGUUGGCUGUUCUUAAAGACCACCCAAGUUCAAAUCCCAGCACCCACAUGGCAGCUAACAACUGUCGUAACUCCAGUUCCAGGCCCGACAGCCUCUUCUGUCCUCGGGCAUUGCACGACACGGGUGCACUUACCUAUAUGCAGGCAA